AAGUUUUUAUCAUGUAAUAUUUUAAUUAUAAUUUCUAUAAUUAAUAUGUUAGUUUUUUACAUAGUAUAAUGAGUAACAAUAAGUCAAAAGCUUCAUGGGAUCGAAGAAAUACUAGAAUCUUUAUUGACAUUUGUUUGGAACAAGCUCGAAAAUCGCAAAGAAAUGGUGGUAGUUUUACCAAAGCAGGAUGGCUCAGCAUAAUUUCUACCUUCAAUGAGAAGACUGGACAGAAAUAUGACAGACAACAAUUCAAGAAUAAGUGGGAUAAUAUGAGAAAAGAGUGGGUACUAUGGGAUAAGUUAGUUUCAAGUGAGACAGGAUUGGGUUGGGAUUAUGCAAACAAUACUGUGGAUGCUUCAGACGAUUGGUGGGAGAAGAAGAUAUUGGAAAAUCCUUUAUAUGAGAAAUUCAGACAUAAAGGAUUACCAUUUGCCAAUGAAUUAACCGAGUUGUUCCAAGGUACUAUCGCUAAUGGACCUAGAGCAUGGGCACCUUCAAGUGGAGUUUUGCCUAACAUUUACAAUAGGAAUGAAGGUGAGGAUGAAGAGGUGUAUCGGCCUGAUAUGGCAAAUGAGGGUAUUAAUUUGGAGGAAGGUUCAGGAGAUAGUGAUGAGAUCUUAGGAACUACUGGAGUAAGCGGUGAAUUUAAUAGAGUAGUUCUAAAUGCUUCUCAAGGAACCUUAAGUGGAAGCAGUGGUAAGAGGAAGAGGGGCGAAAGCAGUAACGGUAGAAAGAAGAACAAGUUACCUAGUACAAGUCAAAUAGCAGAUGCAAUGAGUGUGAUAGCUCAGACAACAAAGGAAGAAUCUCAACAGGCCAAGGAAACAUCAAUUCCCGAAGUCAUGUCUAUAGUCAAACAAUGGGAAGAAGUUGCAACUGAUAAACAUUGGGUUUCACGAUGCAUGUCACUCUUCAUGUCCCGAGAGGCUAGGGUGAUGUUUUUGACGAUGAAGGAUGAUAAAGAAAGCGUUUUGGAGUGGUUGAGAUAUGAAUGUUACAAAAAUGGUUGAUUAUUGGAGUUUUAAAACUUAUUAUGAGUAUAUGAUC